AGCUGAAUAUUUGUCAACAAUAGACUAAUUUGACAUAAAACGAAUUGAAGCGUUGCCUGGUGCAAGAGAUCUUUAGUUAAUAGAAAUCGGCCUUUGGGUAUUUUUCAAGCUUUCAUCAUUAGAAUUUCACGACGUUGUCAAAAUGAAUGUGACACUUGCUGUCAAGCAGUAUAUCUCCAAAAUGAUAGAAAACAGCGGGCCAGGGAUGAAGGUUCUGCUCAUGGAUAAAGAGACGGUAAGUCAUGUAGCUAGGAUGGUUACAAUGUAGUGGUUCUAACGAUGCACAGUGGUUACAAUGUAUCAGGUUACUUUUGUAAGUAUGUGGACACCUGCUCGUCGGACAUCUCAUUCAAAAAUCAUGGGCAUUAAUAUGGAGUUGGUCCCCCCUUUGCUGCUAUAACAGCCUCCAUGCUGCGGGGGCUUGCUUCCAUUCAGCCACAAGUGCAUUAGUGAGGUCGGGCAAUUAGGCCUGGCUCGUAGUCGGCGUUCAAAUUCAUCCCAAAGAUGUUUGAUGGGGUUAAGGUCAGGGCUCUGUGCAGGCCAGUCAAGUUCUUCCACACCGAUCUCGACAUACCAUUUUUGUAUGGACCUCACUUUGUGCACAGGGGCAUUGUCAUGCUGAAACAGGAAAGGGACUUCCCCAAACUGUUGCCACAAAGUUGGAAGCACAGAAUCGUCUAGAAUGUCAUUGUAUGCUGUAGCGUUAACAUUUCCAUUCACUGGAACUAAGGAGCCUGAACCAUGAAAAACAGCCCCAUACCAUUAUUCUUCCUCCACCGAACUUUACAGUUAGCACUAUUCAUUCGGGCAGGUAUCAUUCUCCUGGCAUCCGCCAAAGCCAGAUUCAUCCGUCGGACUGCCAGAUGGUGAAGCAUGAUUCAUUACUCCAGAGAACGCAUUUCCACUGCUCCAGAGUCCAAUGGCGGCGAGCUUUACACCACUCCAGCUGACGCUUGGCAUUGCGCAUGGUGAUCUUAGGCUUGUGUGCGGCUGCUCAGCCAUGGAAACCCAUUUCAUGAAGCUCCUGACGAACAGAUCUUGUGCUGAUGUUGCUUCCAGAGGCAGUUUGGAACUCGGUAGUGAGUGUUGCAAUCGAGGACAGACCAUUUUUACGCACUACAGCACUCGGCGGUCCCGUUCUGUGAGCUUGUGUGGCCUACCACUUCGCUGCUGAGCUGUUGUUGCUCCUAGAUGUUUCCACUUCACAAUAACAGCACUUACAGUUGACCGGGGAAGCUCUAGCAGGGCAGGAAUUUGACGAACAGACUUGCUGGAAAGGUGGCAUCCUAUGACGGUGCCACGUUGAAAGUCACUGAGCUCUUCAGUACUGGCCAUUCUACUGCAAAUGUUUGUCUAUGGAGAUUGCAUGGCUGUGUGCUCUAUUUUAUACACCUGUCAGCAACGGGUGUGGCUGAAUUAGCCAAAUCCACUCAUUUGAAUUGGUGUCCACAUACUUUUGGCCAUUUAGUGUAUGUGUUGCCUAUCUGAGACAGACACAUUGAAGGACAGAACCUUGAAUUAUUCAACAAAUCCUGAUUUUAUAAAAACAUGUGAAAUCACAAAAAAAGUGUCUGGACCUGUCUAUAAAAUGCCAUUUAUAUCAAAAAUAGAGAUUUGGUUGUAAAAAAGGAAACUUAUCCUUUAAUUAUAUAGAUAGGAGAACCAAGCUUUUGAUAAUGUCAUACUGUCAGCAGCUACUCAGAGAGGUAUUCUGAUGAGGAGGAUACAAAAAUGUGCAUAGGCCUGAAUCAUUUGGACUCAAUACCAUAUUCAGGACUGUAACCUUUCAGCUGUAACAAACAGUAAUGGAAGCAAAAUAAUGAAUCUCAUUCAUCUCUCUGCAAAAUCUCUGGCUCAUGUAGAAACGAAUUUACUGCAUUACAGUUACGUUUGGUCAUCAUGCCUAUUUGUUUGUGCUUGUCCCAUCAGACCAGCAUCGUCAGUGUGGUCUACACUCAAUCCGAGAUCCUACAGAAGGAGGUCUACUUGUUCGAAAGAAUCGACUCACAGAAUCGAGACAACAUGAAGCACCUCAAAGCCAUCUGCUUCCUCAGGCCAACCAAGGUGCCCCAGUCACUGUAUGCACAUUGUAGCCAGCCUUUGCUCUGCAUUAAAGGUCCAAUGCAGCCAUUUUUAUCUCCAUAUCAAAUCAUUUCUGGGUAACAACUGACUACCUUACUGUGAUUGUUUUCAAUGAAAAUAGUCAAAAAUAAACAAAAUAGCUUCUUAGCAAUUUCUAAAGCAGGGCAAUUUCUCAAGCAUGAAUUUUGCUAGGACUGUCUCGGAUUGAUCUGAAUGGAGAGGAGAAAACAACUGAAAAUGUGCUGUUAUUGGCAGAGAGGUUUGGAACUCUUUCUUAUUGGUCUAUUAACACAUUUACUGCAUGGUGAUGUCACCAUGGAAGGCCAAAACUCCAUUCCACCAAAACAGACUGAAAUUUCAGGCUGUCUUUUCAAACAGCUGUUACACUAAAAAGGAUUAUCAUUAUGUUCACAAUUUCACAGUAUUAUUCCAACCUCAUAGUGUGGAAAUAUAAAUAAAACACAGGAAAAUCACGUUUUUGACUGCACUGGGCCUUUAAGACUUUGUAGCCUACAUGCUCUGUAUCUACUGGAUUGUGUCCAUCCACAACUGUAUGAAUGCAUAUGUCAACUUCUUCAUUGUACCUAUACUGAAUGUACACUGCAUAUUGCAUUGCAUCCAUACACUAUGCGCUAUUUGGAGGCAAAGUACUUUAGUCAUGCUCAGUUUUGGAUUUGCAUGACACCCCCGACUUUCUCUCUGCCCUCUUUACAGGAGAAUGUGGAAAAUCUGAUACAGGAGCUCAGGCGACCAAAGUACAGUGUCUACUUCAUCUGUAAGGACUUCUGCACUGUUGUUCAAAUCAUAUGGUUCUCUGUUCUGAUUCUUGUGCAGGUUUUUAGAUAGAUCGGAUCUACCAAAUACAGAUAAAGAGGACUAAGAUUUUAUGUCCCUGGCUCGUUUAUAUGGUUUAGACCUAAAGACUCAACAUUUAUUGACAUUGCGAUUGACCAUGCAUCAACAUUUCAUGGUGGCGGCAAUUGCCCAUACGGAAAAAUGAUAUAUUUACAUAUAUUUUAACAACAUGUAUGUCAAUUACAGAUAUCUAAAUAUUUAAAUAUAUGGACAUAUUCCAACAUUUUCCGUUUUCAAAUACACUCAGUGGUCAGUUCAUUAGGUACACCACCCCGUUCACGAGUUUUCUCCUACAGACAGUGAGUCAUGUGGCCGUGGCUUGCUAUAUAAAGCAGGCAGACAGGCAUCGAGGCAUUCAGUUACGGUUCGAUUUAUCAUUAGAAUGGGCAAAACUAUUGACCUUUGAGCGUGGUAUGAUCAUCGGUGCCAGGUGCGCCAAUUUCACUAUCUCAGAAGCGGCCGGCCUCCUGGGCUUUUCACGCAUUACAGUGUCUAGGGCAGGGGUCUCCAACCUUUUCUAGCAUUAGAGCUACUUUUUAAAAAUUAAACAUGUCGUGAGCUACACAUUUUUUCUAGCUUUCAAAUAGGCACAUUCUUCUCUUCUUCUCUCCCCUGCAACUCUUCCCCAGGUCCUUAGUGUACAAGAGAAAGUAGUGCACUAUGUUUUCUGUCAUUAUAUAUACCUCAUAAAAUAAGGGGGGCCUUAUAAAAUGUUUUUUUUUCUUCUCCAAAUUAGGUUCACAGUUACAUUUUUCCUGGUUUUAGAUUUGUUUAGUUUUUCACUCUUAAAAUUACAAUUUAUCCUAGAGAAAAAGUGAAAUUGGAUGUUAUGAGUCCAUGUCAAUGCUUAAAUCACAUCAGAAGACACAUUUUAUUUAGGUCUGAAAGAAAACAUUUCGAUUUGAGUGUAAUUCCCCUUUAAUUGCGCAUCUGGCCCUUUAAUUGCGCAUAUAGCGAGUGAGGAAUGUGCGUCUAAUGUGCCGGUCUAGCGAUGGUUCUGUACUGCUGCUGCUCAUUUCAUGGCAAAGUUAGCAAAUAAUAGAUACAAAUUAUAUACUUACUCAUAAGAUAAGGUGUCACUAGUAGAGAUAGCCUGCAGAGCUCUAUCAUACUAUCCAGGUCUGUGCCCAAACAGUUUGAGCUUCUACUUCUAAAAAUCCACCUUUCCAGAAAUAAGUCUCUCACUGUUGCUGCUUGCUACAGACCCCCCUCAGCCCCCAGUUGUGCCCUGGACACCAUAUGUGAAUUGCUUGCCCCCCAUCUAUCCUCAGAGUUCGUACUGCUUGGUGACCUAAACUGGGAUAUGCUUAACACCCCGGCCGUCCUACAAUCUAAACUAGAUGCCCUCAAUCUCACACAAAUUAUCAAGGAACCUGCCAGGUACAACCCUAAAUCCGUAAAAAAUGGCCACCCUCAUAGAUAUCAUCCUGACUAAUUUACCCUCUAAAUACACCUCCGCUGUCUUCAACCAGGAUCUCAGCGAUCACUGCCUCAUUGCCUGCGUCCAUAAUGGGUCCGCGGUCAAACGACCACCCCUCAUCACUGUCAAACGCUCCCUAAAACACUUCAGCGAGCAGGCCUUUCUAAUUGACCUGGCCCGGAUAUCCUGGAUGGAUAUUGACUUCAUUCCAUCAGUAGAGGAUGCCUGGAUGUUCUUCAAAAGUGCUUUCCUCUCCAUCUUAAAUAAGCAUGCCCCAUAAAAAAAAAAUGCAGAAAUAAGAACAGAUAUAGCCCCUGGUUCACCCCAGACUUGACUGCCCUUGACCAGCACAAAAACCUCCUGUGAUGUACUGCAUUAGCAUCGAACAGCCCCCGCAAUAUGCAACUUUUCAGGGAAGUCAGGAACCAAUAUACACAAUCAGUUAGGAAAGCAAAGGCUAGCUUUUUCAAACAGAAAUUUGCAUCCUGUAGCACUAACUCCAAAAAGUUUUGGGACACUGUAAAGUCCAUGGAGAAUAAGAGCAGCUACCCACUGCACUGAGGCUAGGAAGCACUGUCACCACCGAUAAAUCUAAGAUAAAAGAGAAUUUCAAUAAGCAUUUUGCUACGGCUGGCCAUGCUUUCCACCUGGCUACCCCUACCCCGGCCACCAGCUCUGCACCCUCCGCUGCAACUUGCCCAUGCCCCCUCCGCUUCUUCUUCACCCAAAUUCAGAUAGCUGAUGUCCUGAAAGAGCUGCUAAAUCUGGACCCCUACAAAUCAGCUGGGCUAGACAAUCUGGACCCUUUCUUUCUAAACCUAGCCGCCGAAAUUGUCACAACCCCUAUUACUAGCCAAUCACUCUUUCGUAUCGUCUGAGAUCCCCAGAGAUUGGAAAGCUGCCGCGGUCAUCCCCCUCUUCAAAGGGGGUGACACUCUAGAUCCAAACUGUUACAGACCUAUAUCCAUCCUGCCCUGCCUUUCGAAAGUUUUUGAAAGCCAAGUUAACAAACAGAUCACCGACCAUUUCGAAUCCCACCGUACCUUCUCCGCUAUGCAAUCUGGUUUCCGAGCUGGUCAUGGGUGCACCUCAGCCACGCUCAAGGUCCUAAACGAUAUAAUAUCCGCGAUCGAUAAAAGACAGUACUGUACAGCCGUCUUCAUCGACCUGGCCAAGGCUUUUGACUCUGUCAAUCACUGCAUUCUUAUUGGCAGACUAAAUAGCCUUGGUUUCUCAAAUGACUGCCUCGCCUGGUUCACCAACUACUUCUCAGAUAGAGUUCAAUGUGUCAAAUCGAAGGGCCUGUUGUCUGGACCUCUGGCAGUCUCUAUGGGGGUGUCACAGGGUUCAAUUCUCGGGCCGACUCUAUUCUCUGUGUAUAUCAAUGAUGUCGCUCUUGCUGCUGGUGACUCUCAGAUCCACCUCUACGCAGACGACACCAUUUUGUAUACAUCUGGCCCUUCAUUGGACACUGUGUUAACAAACCUCCAAACGAGUUUCAAUGCCAUACAACACUCCUUCUGUGGCCUCCAACUGCUCUUAAACGCUAGUAAAACUAAAUGCAUGCUCUUCAAUCGAACGCUGCUUGCACCUGCCCGCCCGACUAGAAUCACGACUCUUGGCGGGUUUGGCUUAGAAUAUGUGGACAACUACAAAUACCUAGGUGUCUGGUUAGACCGUAAACUCUCCUUCCAGACUCACAUUAAGCAUCUCCAAUCCAGUUAAAUCUAGAAUCGGCUUCCUAUUUCGCAACAAAGCCUCCUUCACUCAUGCUGCUAAACAUGCCCUCGUAAAACUGACUAUCCUACCGAUCCUUGACUUCGGAUGUAGUCUCACCCCCAUAUUGUUAUUUACAUUGUUAUUUACUUUGCUAAUUUGCACCCCAGUAUCUCUAUUUGCACAUAAUCUUCUGCACAUCUAUCACUCCAGUGUUAAUACUAAAUUGUAAUUAUUUUUGCACUAUGGCCUAUUUAUUGCCUUACCUCCAUAACUUACUACAUUUGCACACACUGUAUAUAGAUUUUCUAUUGUGUUAUUGACUGUACGUUUUGUUUAUUCCAUAUGUAAUUCUGUGUUGUUGUUUUUAUCGCACUGCUUUGCUUUAUCUUGGCCAGGUCGCAGUUGUAAAUGAGAACUUGUUCUCAACUGGCUUACCUGGUUAAAUAAAGGUUAAAUAAAAAAAUAAAAAAACUAGCUAGCUAGGAGGCGGGGGCGACCAGUAGACUGUGUCCUUAGCCCCCCGCCUGUCGCGCACUGUUUUCCAGCAGUUUUGUUAACAACGGUGAGAGCAGGUGGGAGCGAAAGACACCGUCUACCGCUAGCUAGCAAGGAGGAGUCCUGUAGGCAGGGGCGAAAAAACUAAGUUAAUACUUUAAACUAACCUCAGUCUUCAAGUAUUGUGGUGGCAGCAUCAUGUUAUGGGUAUGCUUGUCAUCAGCAGGGACUGAUGAGUUUGUCAGGAUCCAAAUAAAUAUGAAAGGAGCAAAGCCCAGGAAAAAAGUUAGAGGAAAACCCACCUCAGUCUUCUGAAAACCUUUAUUUUUCAGAGAGACAAUUCCAAACAAUUUAAUACCAAAUACACACCAGAAUGGCUUUCCAAGAGGUGUUGAGUGUUCCUAAAUGGUCUAGUCUCAGUCCUGACUUAAAUCUGCUUAAAAAAUCAGAGACACGGUUUAAAUAUCACUGUCCAUAAAUGAUCCCCAACCAAAUUUACUAAGCCUGAGCAAUUUUUACAAAAAUGAUGGAACAUGACAAAUUGUGAUUGAAAAUAUAUUUGAAUUUAUUUUCAAAUAUAUUUACAGAUAUGUUCUACAUUCAAGUGUCUUUUCGAAAUAAACACCUCAUUUAUUUUUUAUUAUGUUUCAUAACUGGCAGGUAGGCUAUACCUCAAUAGCUGGAGAAUUUAUUUUCAAUUACAACUCAAUGAUCCAUCUUUUGCAUGCCAAAAAACUAUUUUGGAACCUAAUGCUCCCGAGUGGCGCAGUGGUCUAAUGCUAAGUCUCCCGAGUGGCGCAGUGGUCUAAGGCCUCUAGAGAUCCUGGUUUGAAUCCAGGCUCUGUCGUAGCCGGCUGCGACUGGGAGACCCAUGGGGCGGCGCACAAUUGGCCCAGCAUCGUCCAGGGUAGGGGAGGGAAUGGCCGGCAGGGAUGUAGCAAUGCCAGGGUUGUGGGUUCGAUUCCCACGGGGGGCCAGUAUGAAAUUUUUUAAAAAUAAUGUAUGCACUCACUAACUGUAAGUCGCUCUGGAUAAGAGCGUCUGCUAAAUGACUAAAAUGUAAAUGUAAAAAUGUUCCAGGGGUCAAUAGAGACUCAACAUUGGGGUAGAGAAGGUUGUGAGGUGUGAGCGUGUAUUUAUUUAUUUAUCUAUUUAUAUAUUAGAAAAAUACAUUUCCCCAAUAUAUUUAAAUUUUAUUUAAAUAUAUUCCAAUAUAUUAUUUUUCCCAUUUGGGUGACAUCCUCCUCAUAAUCCUUUCUAGACUUCAGCAACGUCAUCAGUAAGAGUGAGAUAAAAGCCCUGGCCGAGGCGGAUGAACAGGAGGUGGUUGCAGAAGUGCAGGUAAGUUAACGCUAAGGGCAGUACUGUAGGACAGUAUUCAUCAGUUAGGUACCCAACUAUUAAUAUUUGUAUUAAUUGUUUUACUAUUCUGGGAUUUUCUUUUUAUUGUUGUUUUUGGUGGAAUGAUGGUCCACCGGUUUUUCCUACUAGUCCUGAUUCCACAUGUUUAUCAUUUCUGUUUCUAGUUAUAACCACUUUAUAGUACACGUAGUCUUGUAAUAGCCAGGUAAUCCUUUGACAUUUAAACUGGAAACGAAUAAUUCAAUUUCUCUCUUAUAUGACUGCAGGAGUUCUAUGGAGACUUCAUUGCUGUAAACCCACACCUUUUCUCCCUCAACCUCAGUGGUGUGGCAAGGGUAAGACAUGCAAAUAUGCCAUGACGCUUUGGAUAUGUGACAAUUUAUAUUGUGGUUUAUUAUUCAUCUGCAUUGAUUUUAGUUUAAUGUUUAAUAUUUGUCUCUGCAUAUGUCAUAUUCCCUCUGUAUUUUGGAUCUAUUUACAGAGUGCAUUCCCAUCUCAUACUGUGUGUGUAUUGCAGGGUCGAAGCUGGGAGCCCACUCUCCUGCCACGUACCACCCAGGGUCUGACCUCGGUGCUGUUGGCCUUGAAGAAAUGUCCCAUGAUCCGCUACCAGCUGUCCUCAGACAUGGCCAAGAGACUGGGAGAGAGCGUGAAGGUGAGUAAUAUCACAUGCACACCUAUCACAUGCACGCGCGUACACGCCAAUCUCACUACCCCUCUCCUCCCCCAGCAAAUCAUCACCAAGGAGUAUGAGCUGUUUGACUUCAGGAAGACAGAAGUGCCUCCUCUCCUGCUCAUCCUGGACCGCAGCGAUGAUGCUAUCACCCCACUACUCAACCAGGUCAGAACUAAGAGUCAGGGUGAUGACGCCAUCACCCCUCUACUCAACCAGGUCAGAACUAAGAGUCAGGGUGAUGAUGCCAUCACCACACUACUCAACCAGGUCAGAACUAAGAGUCAGGGUGAUGACGCCAUCACCCCUCUACUCAACCAGGUCAGAACUAAGAGUCAGGGUGAUGACGCCAUCACCUCACUACUCAACCAGGUCAGAACUAAGAGUCAGGGUGAUGACGCCAUCACCCCACUACUCAACCAGGUCAGAACUAAGAGUCAGGGUGAUGACGCCAUCACCCCACUACUCAACCGGGUCAGAACUAAGAGUCAGGGUGACGACGCCAUCACCCCACUACUCAACCAGGUCAGAACUAAGAGUCAGGGUGAUGAUGCCAUCACCACACUACUCAACCAGGUCAGAACUAAGAGUCAGGGUGAUGACGCCAUCACCCCUCUACUCAACCAGGUCAGAACUAAGAGUCAGGGUGAUGAUGCCAUCACUCCACUACUCAACCAGGUCAGAACUAAGAGUCAGGGUGAUGACGCCAUCACCUCACUACUCAACCAGGUCAGAACUAAGAGUCAGGGUGAUGACGCCAUCACCCCUCUACUCAACCAGGUCAGAACUAAGAGUCAGGGUGAUGACGCCAUCACCCCACUACUCAACCGGGUCAGAACUAAGAGUCAGGGUGACGACGCCAUCACCCCACUACUCAACCAGGUCAGAACUAAGAGUCAGGGUGAUGAUGCCAUCACUCCACUACUCAACCAGGUCAGAACUAAGAGUCAGGGUCGUGUUCAGUAUGCACAACAGAAGAAAACUAAGUGUUGUCUGAAUAUUUCCAAUAACAAAUGUCCGUUGGAACUAAUAGUCAGAAGAUACAUUUCAAAGAUAAUCUACCUGUUUUCUAGCUUGGUACCAGACUGAGCAUUUUAUCAGUCGGAACCCAGGCUACAUUUUUACAAAAAGGUAGGCAAUGACCAAGUCAUAUAUACUACGUACUUGCAGUAUAUUCACAUCAUUCUGAUGUGUACUGCAGCCUCUGAUCACUUGGGGGCAGCAGAGUCUUAUACAUACAUUUACCAAGCCUGCAACCUGCACAGUGAACUAGCUCAUGUACUCAAGGCCCUUUGUGUCACACAUAAUGUACCAAUCUUUAGCGUACAUUAGAAAAGCUAAUCAACUGGCGAAAACCUCAUACACCCUUCAUCGCUGAAUGGAAUUAGUAGAGAUUAAGUUAACUUUAUUUGAAUUGUAGGUUUCAUUGUUUUGGUUUCAUUGUUUGUUGCCCUGCUUUCUCUAGUGGACGUACCAGGCCAUGGUGCAUGAGUUGCUUGGCCUCAACAACAACCGUAUUGACUUGUCCCGAGUCCCAGGGAUCAGCAAGGAGCUGAAGGAGGUGGUGCUGUCUGCAGAGAACGAUGAGUUCUAUGCCAACGUGAGUCCCAGUCUCUAGGCCUGGUUCCAAUUCUACACAAAUGUUCCUUUUUGCAUUGAAACGGUCCCAUUUGGGCAGGCUGGCAGGUAGCCUAGAGCAGGGUUCCCCAACGGGCUGAAUUUCAGCGCCAAGUGAUUACAAUUUUGGAAAUCUGUUCCAAAGUAUACCCACGCGUAAUAGAGAGAUGUGAUCGUAUACAAAUGUAAGCAAGAUUUGAAAUGAUUAUGUUUGAAUCAAAUGUUAUAUCUAUUUGGGCUUCUUGCGGUCAAUUUGCAGUCUACAAAUUAUUUGUAAUUAUGUUCCGGCCCCCUGACCAUCCGCUCAAGAAAGGAAUCGGCCCGCGGCUGAAUCUAGAUGAUGAUCCCUGGCCUAGAGGUUAGGAAGGCAGUUCAGCAACCCUCUGUAAGAAGACUCUGAAGGAAAAUAUCUGGCGGAAUGUGUAGCAGUUGGUCAGUGAGGGAAGGUUAAAGAAUUCCGACAGGGCCAGACGUUGGCUGACAACUUCCAAUUCACUCACACAUUCUCUUAUUCAGAAUCUGUACCUGAACUUUGGAGAGAUCGGCACAAACAUCAAGAACCUGAUGGAGGACUUUCAGAAGAAGAAGCCCAAGGAGCAACAAAAGCUGGAAUCCAUCUCUGAUAUGAAGGUGAGAGCUGGGCACUGUAGUCCCACAGGAACUCAAUUUCCCAGCAUGUCCUGUAGCAGUUGCUCAUUUAGGACCACUAACACAUCUCAGCCUCAUUAGUUAAUAACCAAUCGCAAUUAGAUUAAUUAUCUCUUAAUUACAAUAAUGAUACAAACUUUAAAUAAUUGCUGCACGUUUGUUUUCUUUCUACUUUUUAAUCUUUCCCUCUGUUUUUCUCUGCAGGCGUUUGUGGACAACUACCCCCAGUUCAAAAAGAUGUCAGGCACAGUGUCGAAGCAUGUGACUGUGGUGGGCGAGCUGUCUCGCAUGGUGAGCGAGAGGCACCUGAUGGAGGUGUCAGAGGUGGAACAGGAGCUGGCCUGCCAGAAUGACCACUCAAGCGCAUCACAGGUAAGGGAUACUUUGGGAUUAUGUUAACGAGGCCCUUUAUCUACUUCCCCAGAGUCAGAUGAACUAGUGGAUACCAUUUUUAUGUCUCGGUGUCCAGUAUGUAGGAAGUUAGAGUUAGGUCUGCAAACCAAUGCUAACUAGCUUUAUUUUUUAAUUUACCGGUAGGAAACACAUUUCUAUUAUUCCCAAUAGAAUUUCCUGAAAUUAAUCAACACUCCAAUCCUGCUCUGCAUUGACUGACUAGAAAUACACUACUAUAUAUAUAGAUGUAAACACAAGUCAAAUAUGAACCAGACAGAGGCUAGACACUGACCAGACACAGUACUGAAAUAGACAUGACAUGUGGUAGACAAAGAGCAGACACUGCCCAAUAUGUAAAUGUAGGGGGUCCUAUCACUGUCAUGUGACAUUACAUUUUAGUCAUUUAGCAGACGCUCUUAUCCAGAGCGACUUACAGGAGCAAUUAGGGUUAAGUGCCUUGCUCAAGGGCACAUCGACAGAUUUUUUACCUAGUUGGCUCGGGGAUUAGAACCAGCGACCUUUCGGUUACUGGCACAAUGCUCUUAACCACUAAGCUACCUGCCGCCCCCCUAACAUCACAUGGUUUUUUUUCUGGGGGGGGCCUACAGCUCAAUGUUUUAUUAUACAAUAACACCAAUAGUUCACAUGAAAGCAUUCAGAAAGACACACAAUAUUCUCUGUACUUUGUGUUGGUUGAAGAAGAGGACAGCCCACUGCUGUAUCGUGUGUAUAGACUUGGCCACUUAUAAUAGUGACUAUCAGAAUACACUUAAACACUGCACAUAGAAACCAUAGUGAAGUAUAAUUACAAAAUAAAGAUUUUAUUAAACGCUAUGUAAAAUGUACUCCCUGUUUCUCCACAGAAUGUGCGUCGGCUGCUGCAGAACCCGCGGGUGAGUGAGCUGGACGCGGUGCGCCUGGUGAUGCUGUACGCACUGCGCUACGAGAGACACAGCAGCAGCAUCCUGCCGGGCCUCAUGGAGGAGCUCAACAGGAAGGGCGUGUCAGAGAGGCAUCGCAGGGUAAGGGAUCAUUCUAUACUGUCCCACUACCUGGCCCUUGGGCCAACAUGAGGACUGUACACUGUUGUUGUACUUGUCUUAUAUUAUGUAGAAUAUGUUAUUAAUUUGGGAGUUUUCAAUGCCCCUGUGGGGAUAAAUAAAUAUACAUUCAACUCAACAAUGUACAUACAGUAUGUUGGUAUGUUUACAUUUGACAUUUUAGUCAUUUAGCAGAUGCUCUUAUCCAGAGCGACUUACAGUUAGUGAGUGCAUACAUUUUAUUUAUUUAUUUUUAAUUUUUUCAUACUGGCCCCCCGUGGGAAUCGAAGCCACAACCUUGGCGUUGCAAGUGCCAUGCUCUACCAACUGAGCUACACAGAUGUUUGAUGCAUCUGUCUUAUUAAUCUAGACAGGGUUAGAAUAAUCAAAUUAUGCCUUUUUAUCCUGUUUAACCGGCAUCUUUUACCUCAGAUGGUAACGUCCAUGGUGGAGUAUGGAGGGAAGAGGGUGAGAGGAAGUGACCUCAUCAACCCCCAAGACGCAGUCGCCAUCACCAAACAGUUCUUCAAGGGGCUGAAGGUACACCAUUCUCCCCAUAAUUUAGACAGAUACUAGCUGUAGUUUUGUGUCCAUCUAGCCAUUUUCAACCAGAUUCUAAUAAAACACCUUUUGUUUUGUGUGCGUGCGUGUCUCCAGGGAGUUGAGAAUGUGUACACACAGCAUGCACCGUUACUGCAGGAGACCUUGGACCAGCUGAUCAAGGGGCGGCUGAAGGACAGUCAGUUCCCCUACUUAGGACCCAGCUCCCUUAGAGACCGGUAGGGUGAUACACACACACACUUACUUAGACACACUUAAAGACACAACCUCAGACCCUACACCUGUAUAGCCAAACACACGCAAUUCUACACACUAUCAAUGAUACGUAAAAACACACAUUCUGUGUGUAUGAGCACAUAAGCCUACAGUUCAUCACCAUAAUUGGAUGACCCCAACCGGAUGCUAGCCUAUCAGUGAUUACCAUGUAUUUCCUCUUCAGGCCACAGGAUAUCAUAGUGUUCGUCAUCGGAGGGGCCACCUAUGAGGAGGCGCUGGCGGUCUACAACCUGAACCGCACCAUGCCAGGGGUUCGGAUCGUACUGGGCGGCACCACCAUCCACAACACCAAGAGGUCAGAAUCAUCAAACACUCCUCGUGACCUAGUCGCCUCAGUCAAAUUACAUCCAGACAUAGCCAUUAGACAUCCAUUAUUUUUUACCAGGUCAAUACAUAUGAUCAAAAUGGCUUAACCCCCUAGAGUCGAUGUCCGCGCCCCCGCGGAAAUCUAAUUAGCAUAAUACAAAAAUCCCCAUCAAAAUCUGUCUGUUUAAUCUAGAGAUUUCUGUUUUUGCAUGGGCUACGUCUCAAUCCAUUGCAUACGCCAAUGGCGGCCUUCCGCAUCUGCGGUGGAAGGUGGCUGAGCUACAGCGGUGUUUGUCAGACCAUGAGUCAUCCCGAAAAUCGGUCUUCUCACGAAUAUGUCUGUAGCGUCCGAACGGUUUGGCCUAACUAAUAUGACCACUCCAUGGAAAGAUGAGACUCUCCCGAACACGAUGGUGUUCUCCGUUUUGCUAUUCAUCUCAUUGUACACACGCUCACUCACCAAAGCUCUUCCAUUCUUUCCCAUGCUUACUAUGAUAAGGCCAUUUCCGAGAGACAAAUCUGAAUGACAUCAUCGUUCAUUAGUGGUGAUACUGUCAGGUUCAUGCACAUGUUAAUAUGGCCAAGCUUCUCCAGGACAUUUAGGCCUAAUACAAUGUGCUAUGACAUAGCCUACUGAAGCUCACCACAUGUCCAUUUGUCUUGCAUUACAAAUAGUCCCAGCCAUAGCUUCGGGAAGAUAUUUUGAGGGGGGUGCUGGAGGUGAGGAAGAAUGUUUUAGGCCUACCAGAUUUAAUCUAACGAUAUAAUGCUUAUCUUUAUUUAAAAAAUAUUCUUAUAGAAAAAUUACGAAUUAGCCUCUUUCUGUAUGCCUAUAUCUGUAACAGCAGAGGCAGUAGCCUAUCUGACAAGCAUAAAGAAGUACAUGUUGGUGUCGUAGCAUGCCACUGGCAUAUCUCUCUCUCUCUCUGGGGCUAGGCCUAAGCUUCUCUUCCUUUUAUUAUAUUUAUUUUUUAAAUAUUCAUAUCAUACAGCCUAUAGGCCUAUGUAUGCAAUGCCCUGAUGCAUUUAGUGCUCAAAUCUCUGACAGCUAAACCGUGAGGUGGACAAUUAUUGUUUUAGGAAAGUAAAAUCCAAUAAGACAAUAAGCUAUACAAUUUUGCAAGGAAUAGUGUUUUUGUAAUUUGUUAUAGGCUGUUUUUAAGGAAAUGUAAAUGUCUCAUUUGGCCAAUAUCCUUAGUUUAUUGAUGAUGCUGGCUGUGUGGGUGGACGCUCUAAUGGGUUAUGCACCCAAUGCAUGGAUGACCGGUACAUUUCUCAAAUGUCCGAUGAAUUAAAAUCUUCCUCAGUCACUUGUCCGGUGCCGAGUUUUCCUGACGGAAACCCUUUAUAUACAGUGUAUAUAUAAUAUAGGCUACAGUAGGCUAGAAAAUAAACUUUCCAGUGACACUAUUGGUGGUAGAUGGGUAAAUAAAAAAAGGCAGACAUUGAAUAUCCCUUUGAGCAUGGUGAAGUUACUAAUUACACUGGAUGGUGUAUCAAUACACCCAAUCACUACAAAAGAUACAGGCGUCCUUCCUAACAGUUGCCGGAGAGGAAGGAAACCGCUCAGGGAUUUCGCCAUGAAGCCAAUGGUGACUUUAAAACAGUUACAGAGUUUAAUGGCUGUGAUAGGAGAACUGAGAAUGGAUCAACAACAUUGUAGUUACUCCACAAUACUAACCCAAUUGACAGAGUGAAAAGAAGGAAACAUGUACAGAAAAUAUUCUAAAAGAUGCAUCCUGUUUACCCGCAAAACACCAGUCUCAACGUCAACAGUGAAGAGGUGACUCUGGGAUGCUGACCGUCUAGGCAGAGUUGCAAAGAAAAAGUCAUAUCUCAGACUGCCCAUCUUAAUCUUUUCUUUUUAUUGGCCAGUCUGAGAUAUGGCUUUUCCUUUGCAACUCUGCCUAGAAGGUCAGCAUCCCGGAGUCGCCUCUUUACUGUAGACAUUGAGACUGGUGUUUUGCGGGUACUAUUUAAUGAAGCUGCCAGUUGAGGACCUGUGAGGCGUCUGUUUCUCUAACUAGACACUCUAAUGUAUUUGUCCUCUUGCUCAGUUGUGCACCGGGGCCUCCCACUCCUCUUUCUAUUCUGGUUAGAGACAGUUUGCGCUGUUCUUUGAAGGGAGUUGUACACAGCGUUGUACGAGACCUUCAGUUUCUUGGCAAUUUCUCACAUGGAAUAGCCAUAAUUUCUCAGAACAAGAAUAGACUGACGAGUUUCAGAAGAAAGUUCUUUGUUUCUGGCCAUUUUGAGCCUGUAAUCGAACCCACAAUUGCUGAUGCUGCAGAUACUCAACUAGUCUCAAGAAGGCCAGUUUUAUUGCUUCUUUAAUCAGCACAACAGUUUUCAGCUGUGCUAACAUAAUUGCAAAAUGGUUUUAUAAUGAUCAAUUAGGCUUUUAAAAUGAUAAACUUGGAUUAGCAAACACAACGUGCCAUUGGAACACAGGACUGAUGUUUUCUGAUAAUGGGCCUCUGUACGCCUAGGUAGAUAUUCCAUUAAAACUUUUGAACGGUAGUGUAAAUCAGCAUGUAAAUCUAUGGCAAGACCUGAAAAAUGGUUGUCUAGCAAUGAUCAACAACUUGAGAGCUUGAAGAAUUUUGAAAAUAAUAAUGUUGCACAAUCCAGGUGUGGAAAGCUCUCGGAGACUUACCCAGAAAGACUCGCAGCUGUAAUCGCUGCCAAAGGUGCUUCUACAAAGUAUUGACUCAGGGGUGUGAAUAAUUAUGUACAUUUGUAAACAUUUCAAAAAACAUGUUUUCACAUUGUCAUUAUGGGGUAUUGUGUGUAGAUGGGUGUGAACAAUAUAUUUAAUCCAUUUUGAAUUCAGGCUGUAAACACAACAAAAUGUGGAAUAAGUCAAGGGGUAUGAAUACCUUCUGAAGGCACUGUAGCUACCGACAGGAACAUUAAGCAAGCCAAGACUAACAACACAAACAAACUGACUAUAUAGCUACAAAUAGUGAGUGAAGUUACAAACUGCCUAUAUUAAACAAGUUAAAUGUCUUAACUGUGAACAAAUGUUUUCCACACACAUAGCUAAGUGUAGCCUACUUGGACACUUCCCACUCUCCCACGCCGAAUAGCCUGAAGCCACAGGGCUCUUCUCGCAGGCUUUAUUUCCCUACGUGGGAGCACUGCGAACCGUAGGUCGGGAUUUCUGACCUGGUUACAGGUACAUUGAACAACACAGUAGCUUUUUGACAUGUUUGUUAUUUCUGUAUAACAAGAAAUUGACAACGAAGUUGGGAAAGAAUGUUUGUUUUCCCCAAUUUGUUGGCAUGGUCGAGGGGAAUUCCUUCUUAUGACGUGAACAUCGACUCAGUCACCUGGGAGUCAGUGUUCUGUUCUGUACAUAAAGUUUUUGUUCAAUUUACUGAGAUGACUUCACUAAUUUUAAAGGGGAAUUUUACUCGAUAACCAUUUCACUCAUUAAAAUCUUUUUUGUUGUUGUUGUAAAAUGUCCCUUUGAUAUGUAACUUUUCUACUCAUGGGGGUUCACUGUUCAGGUGAUGACUAAGGAUAUUAGUUGUCUUCGGUAUGGUUUACAUUUAAGACAUUUAGCGUUUACUAUGUCCAUGUUAUCCCUUGCUUGAAUGGAGUGGCCUAAAGAGUAAUUCAGCUUGCAUACCUUCGUCUUUUGAACCUUUAGUUGUUCUUUGUGUUGCAUGAAAAUGUGAAAUCAAGGCCCUUCCUCGGAAAAGCAGUUCUUGCUUGACCAGGCAUUUACCGAAUCGCGACUCCUCUCUCUCGUUCUCUCUCUCUCUUUCUCUCUGACUGUGUUUGCUGAAUGAAGAUUCUCUCUACUCACGGCCUCUCUCAGCCUCUCCCCCUCUCCCUCUCUCUUUCCCUCUAUUGCUCUCUCUCUUUCUUUCUCUAUCUCUCUCUCAGGCUGAGCUGAGCUGAAUAGAACAUUGUGUGAUCACGUAACACAGGGGUGCUCAGGAGAUGCGUCAGCGCUCUUUUUGCAGUGCCCCUUCUGACACUCCUGUGUGGGAUCGCCACUGUUCUCUUUCAUCAUGGGGUCUGGAAACACAGAAACACACCCACACACAGACGUCAAACACAGACGUCAAACCAAACAUUUAUUUCCCGGUUAUAUGACAACUUAAUGCUCCUCAUCAACCUUUUAUGAGAUUCCAACCUGAGCAGGUUGAGAUUGACCAGGUCUUACACGAGAAGUGAUUUAGGCAAGAGAGACCAACGGUUCCGGUUUGCAGUGCUAUUACAUUACCUGGGUUGCUAAGCAGCACUUAUGUGCUGAGUGAUGAUGCUCCUUGGCCGUGCCUUUGACAUUUUAUAGCGGAGCGCUUGCUGAUGCAGCUCAAGUGAAGUGUCUCUCGCUCUGGGCUAUGCAACACCAUCUAACAAUUUCUACCUCUUGGAAUUGAACUUGCAACCUUGCUCUGAUCCUGAGGAGUUUCGUGUUGUACUGCAGCACUCCCUCUUGUGCUGCCAAAGAUGAUAGGUGCACCUGUGUGUGUUGUGAGGUUUAUUUUUAACGUGCCAUUGCUGUCCCAUGCUAGCGAAAUGCUGAUGCUCGCUAUAUAUGGCUUGUUUACAUUUUUUGUGUCUUGAUGUUGUCUCUGUUGUGUCUGUCACAGGCUUGUUUAUAUAAGCUGACGUUGACAUACUGCCACGUUCAUAUUUCAGUUCUCUGAUGCUAGCUGUAUUUUAAUUGUUACGUUUUCCUUGAUUCUAAAUUCCGACUGUUUAUAUUUUAGCUCUUAGGGCAGAUUCUAGUGACCCUAGAUAGAUGCCAUCUAGAUGCCGUCUCCUGCUGUUGUGACAUUGAGUAAGGCACUUAACCCGUAGGUUGCAGAGGGGGGCAGGGCAAGGUGUUGCCCUCCUGCCUGGCUGACCCUGGCUUCCAACUCUUUCAGGGUUUGUGUGUGUUGGUUGGGUUAAAAGCUAAAAAAAGCCUAUGAUCGGAAAAUUACAAUGCACAUUGAAGUACUCUUCUAACAUCUACUUGCCCAUUAUUUAUCCUUUUAAUGUUGGCUGUGACGGCACGUCCCAUGCUUUUUUUUAGCUCAUAGCGCAGCGUGGUGCAUUUGGACCAUGAUCUACCCCCUCACCCACAGACGCACUGUAAGCCAAUAUGAAUGGGGCUCUUUAAUGCGUCUUUAAGCUUCUCCUCUGUGUCUUUCCACCCUUUUGUACUGCAUGAGUCGCUCGCUGCCCAUAGGUACUUACUCACAAGUUGUUUUGUGAUAAUGCUCCCUGCAACCAGCCACACAAAGACACAGUAAACCCCUUUGGGGGAUUUGUCCAGGCCACCCUUUACUACUGUGUACCGCCUCAGUGGACCAAAAGCUGCAGAUACAGUGCCUUCAGAAAGUAUUCAUACCCCUUGACUUAUUCCACAUUUUGUUGUUACAGCCUGAAUUCAAAAUUGAUUAAAUAUUCUUUAUUUUUUACCCAUCUACACACAAUACCCCAUAAUGGCAAAGUGAAAACCAGAAUUUUUUGCACAUUUAUUAAAAAUGAAAUACAGAAAUAUCUAAUAUACAUAAGUAUUCACACCCCUGAGUCAAUACAUGUUAUAAGCACCUUUGGCAGCGAUUACAGCUUUGAGUCUUUCUGGGUAAGUCUCUUAACAGCUUUGCACACCUGGAUUGUACAAUAUUUUAACAUUAUUAUUUCUGAAGUUCUUCAGGCUCUGUCAAGUUGGUUGUUGAUCAUUGCUGGACAGCCAUGUUCAAAUUUUGCCAUAGAUGUUCAAGCUGAUUUAAGUCAAAACUGUAACUCGGCCACUCAGGAACAUUUACAUUUACAUUUUAGUCAUUUAGCAGACGCUCUUAUCCAGAUCGACUUACAGUAGCAAUUAGGGUUAAGUGCCUUGCUCAAGGGCACAUCGACAGAUUUUUCACCUAGUCGGCUCGGGGAUUAGAACCAGCGACCUUUCGGUUACUGGCACAACGCUCUUACCCACUAAGCUACCUGCCGCCCCAUUCAAUGCCGCCCCAUUCAAUGUCGUCUUGGUAAGUGUAUAUUUGGCCUUGUGUUUUAGGUUAUUGUCCUGUUGAAAGGUGAAUUUGUCUCCCAGUGUCUGUUUGAAAGCAGACUGAACCAGGUUUUCCUCUAAGAUUUUGCCUGUGCUUAGCUCUGUUACGUUUCUUUUUAUCCCCAAAAAAACUCCCUAGUCGUUGCCGAUGACAAGCAUACCCAUAACAUGAUGCAGCCACCACAAUGCUUGAAAAUAUGAAGAGUGGUACUCAGUGAUGUGUUGUGUUGGAUUUGUCCCAAUAAUAAUGCUUUGUAUUCAGGACAUAAAGUUAAUUAUUUUGCCACAUUUUUUGCAGUUUUACUUAUCGCAAACAGGGUGCAUGUUUUGGAGUAUUUUUUUUAUUGUAUACCGGCUUCCUUCUUUACACUCUGUCAUUUAGGUUACUAUUGUGGAGUAACCAUCCUCAGUUUGGGGGGUACUACUAAGCUAUAUGGAAUUGUUUUAAGAAGGUCAUCCCAACAAUCAUUUUGCUAUUUGAUUUAGAAUUUUAAGACCCCUUGAAGUAUACAUUAUAUUUGUAAUUUCUUUAGCUGCAUUUGUUUUUGGUGGGCCUUACUGCUAUUAACCCAUUAAAACGCAUUGAAUAACAGAUUCUAUAGUCCCCCCCAAAAAAUCUAAAGGAAGUUUGUUCUGAAGUGUCUGUCCUAUAUCUGAGAGAUAUAAGAAAGAUCAGGAAACAUUUUUUUAUUAUUACAUUUUUACAUGUAUUUAACCCCUUCUUUUUGGCACUAAACAGUCUCCAUAUAUACUGUACUUCCAUAAAUUUUUUCAACUGGUACCGAGGGGACCUUCAGAUGAGUCUUGUGAGGCCUAUGUGCGUCCUAGAGCAAAACACCAACAUAUACGUGUUCGUGAGAGUCACCUUUACUCAUAUUAGUGUGUAGCCCAAACUGUUCGGACACUACAGACAGAAGUUGGCAGAUCGGCUGUACCGACUUUAGACGAGUCCCAAGACGCUUGUGGGGGUCGUAGAGCAUAACAGAGAAUGCCAUAGUGUUUGUGAGAGUCUCAUCUUCGUUUCUAGGCCAAACCGUUCGGUAGCUACAGACGAUUUUAUGAGAAGACCAAUUUUCGGGAUAUCUCAUGGUCUGACAAACACUGCUCUAGCUCUGUCCCCUUUCACCGAUAGAUUGAGACGCAUCCAAUGCUAAUGCUAAUUCUAUUUCCGCAGGGGCGUGGCCAUCGACCUUAGGGAGUUUUAAAGUCACCAUUGGCCUCAUGGUGAAAUCCCUAAGCGGUUUCCUUCCUCUCCGGCAACUGAGUUAGGAAGGACGCCUGUAUCUUUGUAGUGACUGGGUGUAUUGAUACACCAUCCAAAGUGUAAUUAAUAACUUCACCAUGCUCAAAGGGAUAUUCAGUGUCUGCUUUUUUUUUUUUACCCAUCUACCAAUAGGUGCCCUUCUUUGCGAGGCAUUGGAAAACCUCCCUGGUCUUUGUGGUUGAAUCUGUGUUUGAAAUUCACUGCUCGGCUGAGAGACCUUACAGAUAAUUGUAUGUGUGGGGUACAGAGAUGAGGUAGUCAUAAAAAAAUCAUGUUAAACACUAUUAUUGCACACAGAAUGAGUCCAUGCAACUUAUGUGACUUGUUAAGCGAAGUUUUACUCCUGAACUUAUUUAGGCUUGCCUUAACAAAGGGCUCGAAUACUUAUUGAGCUUUUCAAAUUUCCACUUUGACAUUAUGGGGUAUUCUGUGUAGGCCAGUGACACAAAAUCUCUCAAUUUUAUAAAUUUUUAAUUCAGGCUGUAACACAACAAAAUGUGGAAAAAGUCAAGGGGUGUGAAUACUUUCUGAAUGAACUGUAAAUGCCUACCAAUACAGUAAAUGCCUACCACUACCAUCGUCACCGCAGGGGUCGGAAUCUGCCUUUUGAUAACCAGGACUGAUAUUGAACUCUAGUUGAAUGAGACCCUAUCUAGACAGCUUUGUUUCGAAAUAGCCAGGGCAUAUUUAUGACCUCAAGGUUGUAGGUUCAAUACCAUGUUGCUCACUUGUGCCCUUUGAACUUUAACCUCAGGAUAAAAAAAAACUCUGAUUACAACACUAGAUCACAGGGUUGGUUAAUGCUGGAGACUCCACGUGUAUCCACAGAGUUGGGUAAAUCUGCCUUUUCCUACCAGGCCCCUAUCAUGUGGAAUAAUCUCCAAGUAACAUUUCAUUUGGAUGUGUUGCUGUCUAAGGGUCAGUUUAGGAGAAAGGGAUUUUUACAUUGAUAAAUGUGUUUGUUUUGUUUGAUUUGUUUAUUGUGUGUAUAAUAUUUGCUAUUUAUUUAAUUUUGUGUUUUAAAUUGUGUAUAAUUUUCUUUUCUGUAUUGUUCCCAGGGCACAUUUGCAAAUGAGACCUAGGUCUCAAUGUGUUUUCCCCUGGUUAAAUAAAAGUUAAAUUUUUAAAAUGUAAAAAUACGAACAUGGCAAAUUAAUUAAAAAGGUGUACAGCAAAUGUCCAAUUAGAGGAUCUGGCCCGCCUUCCUUGUCUCCAUUUUAUUCUUCUAGAUUGGUCUUUUGAUUUGCCCGUUAAUAUUUAUUCCACCCAGGAACUUUAACUUGGAUAUUCUUGAUGGACCUUUGGUUUCCAAUGUAGCUUGAGACAGACUUGAAAAAUAUGAAAUGGAAUAAUUGUAUAAUGUCACUGUACUGUGUAGUGAUUUGGCUUCUUUAACCAACACAUUUCCAGCUAUAACUGGAAUAUCCUGCAUGCAGAUUGAUACAUGUUCCACCACCAUGGGAUUUUCAACUCAGUGCAUUUAUAUUAGCCGGUUUCCAGUGAUGCAUCUCCAGCCCAAUCCUGGCUGGUUUGAGGGUAAUGAUGAGAAGCUUGUUGUUUCUGCCCAUCUCUACCGCACCGUUCUGGGAUGCCAUGCUGCUCUGAGCUCCUGAUGUGGCAUAUUAGUCAGGACAAUCGUUAUUAAGCACAUUUCAGGCUCAAUUACCAGACAAAUGCACAGCCAUCAAGGCUCCACCAGAUCCCAACAGAUGGCUACUGUUUUUUUAGUACUUGUGUGGAUGGUAGGCUAUCUGACCUAGGUCCCAGACCAUGUGUUUAGUCACUCAUUGAUAUAGGCUAGUCACCCAGAGCAGGCUGCAUGAAUGGAAACCCACUGCGAACAGAUGAGCAUUAACAUCGGCAAAUGUCACACUGGUAUCGCUGAUAUAUCACUAUAGUACUCUGUAAUUACUGCUCUAUCAUAAGUCAAAAUUACAUUUUUAUAAAUGAGCGUCUUUCAUUGGCAGAGGUCUGUAAGAGAGACAAGAUGGCUGCUCUUUAGAACCUUGCCUUUCAGUGACAGGAAGCCUAAAUCUCUCGUGUCGUUUGCAAUGACACCUUGAAAUGUCUUGGGUUGAACAGCUAACAGAAAUAGGUAUUUUGACAUUUCUCUAGAGGGUCUCUUGUUUUUUUUGCCUUGUCUCAGCCCUAUCCUUGCUUUACAGACCGAAAUCCUAGUGACACACACUGACACAAUAAUUGUGUGUGUAACACAGGGCUAGGACUGAGGUAUUCAUGUCUGCAUGUAUACCACUGUAUAUGGGCUUCUGUUUGUAGAUGAAAACAUAUUUUGUGAGUCACAGAGAUGAUGUUGAUGUACCGGCAGUACUGCUCAUGCUUCUCUCAGCCUCAUGAGGAACUAACGGAAUGAUAUCAUAAUGUCCCUUUUCUACCCUCUCUCACAGCUUCCUGGAGGAAGUGACAUUGAUGGCGGGUGCGAGCCACGGCGGCGAGAGGGUACAGAGGGCGGGUGGUCAUCCCAACAGACGUUGAAUGUUUGUUGACACACACACUCUCACUAAAUGUUGUGUCUGUUCCUUAUUGUUAUCACUAGCCCAUGCUUUAAUUCAUGGAUGUGUCCCACUAAAAACAUUCCAGUGCUCUCAGCUGUCACUGCCACACAGCUGGACUCUUUAUCGACCCCUUAAAAAGUUGUUGUAACUGGGCCAAUUAACUCCAACCAAAUGAACAUGUGACCCAAUUAGACAGCCAGGUUACCUAACCCUGGGUACCAAAGCAAUCUGUUCCCCACGUAACUGACUUGUGACUGAACAGAGCACAACACUCUCAAUGUUAGUGUCCAAUAUUUGAACAAAUUGCAGUGUAACAUUUCCCCUUAAAUUGGAGUUAAGUGGAAAACUCCAGUCUAUUAGACUUUUAUUUAAUUCCUGAAAACAGAAGUGGCGCGAAGACUUUAGAGUCUUGUUUAUCUUAAAAGUUCAUAUUUGGGCCCAGAAUAUUAAAAAAAUAUAUCUCUAAGACAACAUUAUGUACAGUGUAUGUUUUCCUUCCUUGCCUAUGUACAUUUCUCCAUGCUAUAUACAUGUCGUCCAAACCUACUGAUUUUGAAAUGACUGAAUAUUUUGUGGAAAAUACCAAUAAAUGUAAAGAGUGAAAUGUUGUGUGUUCCUUGUUUAUCUUGUACACGUUUCCUGUUAUGGUGUAAUUAUUUCCCAUAACCCAUUUCUUGUGGCAGUUCAUGGAAGUAGCCCUCACUGUUUUGAUUUCAUUCAUGUUAUUGUGCACAACUUUCCCC